AUGGGCAAGGACCAGGAACUGCUGGAAGCUGCUCGCACGGGGAAUGUGGCUCUGGUGGAGAAACUCCUCUCUGGGAGGAAAGGAGGGAUCCUGGGCAGUGGAUCUGGAGCUAUUCCCUUAUCCAGCUUACUGAGCAUCUGGCGAGGACCAAAUGUAAAUUGCACAGACAGUUCAGGUUAUACUGCUUUACAUCAUGCAGCUUUAAAUGGACACAAGGAUAUAGUUCUCAAAUUACUUCAGUAUGAAGCAUCAACUAAUGUGGCAGAUAACAAAGGCUAUUUUCCUAUUCACUUGGCUGCUUGGAGAGGAGAUGUAGACAUUGUGAAGAUUCUCAUCCACCAUGGGCCAUCACAUUCCAGAGUGAAUGAACAGAACAAUGAAAAUGAAACGGCACUGCAUUGUGCAGCUCAGUAUGGUCAUUCGGAAGUAGUUGCUGUUCUGUUAGAGGAGCUAACAGACCCUACAAUAAGGAACAACAAACUAGAAACACCUUUGGAUCUGGCAGCACUUUACGGACGUCUGCGUGUUGUAAAAAUGAUCAUCAAAGCAUAUCCAAACCUGAUGAACUGUAAUACAAGAAAACACACUCCUUUGCAUCUUGCUGCACGAAACGGCCACAAAGCUGUGGUACAGGUGCUCCUCGAGGCUGGAAUGGAUGUCAGCUGCCAAACAGAAAAAGGGAGUGCACUACAUGAAGCAGCCCUGUUCGGAAAGGUGGAGGUAGUACGCAUUUUGCUUGAGACAGGAAUUGAUACCAACAUAAAGGACAGUUUGGGUAGAACGGUUUUAGACAUUCUUAAAGAACAUCCAUCUCAGCAGUCACUUCAAAUUGCAGCUCUACUUCAAGAAUAUAUGGAAACAGGAAAUGCAGGUACAGAGGAACGCCCUUUGGAAUGUGCAGAACAUCAGUCUUGCGUUUUGUCCCCGGAAGUUCUUCCGUCUCCAAAGGCUAAAAGUGAAGCUGUGACUGGAGAAUUAUCAAAGCUCUUAGAUGAAAUCAAAUUGUGCCAAGAAAAGGAAUACUCUUUUGAAGACCUGUCUCAUACAAUAUCAGACCAUUAUCUGGACAAUUUUAGUAAAGUAUCAGAGGAAGAACUUAUGACCAGUGGAAGCCAAACCAAGCUUAAUGUAAGGCCGCCUUCAGCAUGUUUAUCACCCAGAGAAGAAGAAGAAGAUGAUGCAGGUGAAAAUACUUGUGGUCCUUCAGGUUUAUGGGAAGCGUUGACACCUUGUAAUGGAUGCAGGAACCUCGGAUUUCCCAUGCUUGCACAGGAAUCUUAUUCAAAGAAGAGAGGCUAUGCACUGGAAGCAAUACCCUCUGUUCCUGUGGAUGCAGUUCCUUCAGAAAAUGAUGGCAGUCUUUGUGAUUCGGUAGAUGUAGCAGUGACCAAAAAACCUUGCUCCCUAGAGAUAGCGAGAGUUCCUUCCUCAAGACCAGGUAACUCACCAAAUAACUCUUUACUUAACCUUUGGU